CUGGGCGGGCUCGGGCCCGCUUCCCACGUCUGCGGCCGGGGCCAGCGCGUCCUCGGCUCCUGCCCGGCGCAGCAAACGGAUGAUGGGGUCUCCGGGCGCCCGGCGCGGCCUGGAGUGGCUGCUGGGCCUCUACUUCCUCUCCCACAUCCCCAUCACGCUGCUCAUGGACCUGCAGGUGGUGCUGCCGCGCGAACUCUACUCAGUCGAGUUGACAAACCUGCUGAAGUGGUACACUACGGAGUUCAAAGACCCUCUGCUGCAGGCUCCUCCGACGUGGUUUAAGUCCUUCCUGUUUUGCGAGCUUGUGUUCCAGCUGCCUUUCUUUCCCAUGGCAACAUAUGCCUUCUUAAGAGGAGGCUGCAGGUGGAUCCGCACCCCUGCAAUCAUUUACUCCGUUCACACCAUGACCACUCUAAUUCCAAUUCUCUCCACGCUUCUAUUUGAGGAUUUCUCCAAAGCCAGUGGCUUCAAAGGACAAGGACCUAAGACUUUCCGUGAACGACUAACCCUCGUAUCUGUCUAUGCCCCCUACCUUCUCAUCCCUCUUAUGCUUCUGCUUUUCAUGUUGCGGAGCCCCUACUACAAGUAUGAGGAGAAAAGAAAGAAAAAAUGAAAUAAUGACUGGCCCAGCAGGGAGAUGCCCAGAGGGCAGUUUCCUGUUGGACCCAGUCUGAGGAAAACCUCUCAGAACCCAUGUCUUCAGCAGCAUUUGAAACAUACCAGCAACACAUAAGAGCAAGAUUCUGGCAGGAGCCAGAGUCAAAACCUCCCUUUCUGAGGAUACUGGCGAACACAGACCAGUCACCUGAGCACGGACACAGGGGUGUGGGCUAGGCUAUCCGGAAGUGGUGCCAAAUACCUCAUCAUGUGCCCAAGUUCCAUUGUGAGCAUGACCAGACCAGAUACUGGAUAAACUUCCAAGAAAUGUGGCCUGCUUGGCAUGUUCAUGAGUCACUUGACCCAUAAGGCACAUGUGAUUAAACCCUUAAUUCCUGAUUCUCUACAGCAUAUCCUUUAUCAGUGAAAUGAAGGGUGGCAUGUUUCAGGCCAUUUUUAAGUUUGAUUUAUGCCUCUUUUAAUAUUAAAAACUAUCAUGGGGUUGGUUGGUUUUAUUGUUUUAUUUUUUUUUUGCCUCCACCCUUGGUUGGGGAAAAGGUUCUGCAAGAGGUUCAAACUUGGUUUUACUCAAGGGUCAGGUUCGGCCUGACUUUCAGAAAUGGGUUAAGCUGGAAAGUUUUGUUUCUGUCUCAAACAGGUCAUCCCAGAAAAGAUUUUUUUUUUUUAAAUCUCCUAAUUCAUCCUCUUUCCAAACCUUAGUCUUGUUUUUACAGACCACCUGACAUAAGUCCCUUCACUCUGAGGUCUGGUGUCUCAAACCUGAUGUGGAAGUGCGCUUCCUAUUGGAUCACUUCACCCUUCCUUAUACUUUCAUCAUCCUUCCUAGCUUGUUCACCAAGUGGCUUGGAACACCACUUCAUUGGUGUUCCUUAGCUUUCUUUAAAUUUAUACUCACGGCCAACUCAAAAAAUCAAACACUUGUGAACACACAUGGAAAAUAGUAACUGGUCCUGUUUGGUUGCCCUUUUUUGUCUGUUUUGCUCACAAGCCAUACUGGUCUGAUUGUUGGGAGUAUCAUCUGACUCAUAUGUCUGGUCCAAAUAAAGGUACCUGCUGACCACUG